GGGGGAGUAAAGGGGGCAGUCUUUGCUGAGAAACAGAAAGUGAUGAAGCAGUUACAGCCUUCAGGGCAUGUGGUUUCCUUCACACACUUAUCGCAUGGAGUGCAUGGUGAAAGGACCAAAUUUUCCAUUGACUUUUUCAUUUGCUCAGCUCACGGAACAAGAUAAAAGCCAUGGCAAUCCAGCAGCAGCCAGGCCAGAUGGUGACGGUGGUGACCACCUCCCAACACCACCCUGGGACAUGGAGCACCGGCAUGUGCGACUGCUGCAGUGAUAUGGGCACCUGUUGCUGCGGCCUUUUUUGCUUCCCCUGCAUGCAGUGCCAGACAGCCAGUGACCAUGGCUGGUGUUUCGCCAUGCCACUCCUGGACGUCUGUUGUGUGGUGUCCUGCAUGCUCCGCUCCUCCAUCAGAGAGCGCCACAACAUCCCUGGCUCGUGCUGUGACGACUGCUGCAAGCUGUUCUGGUGUUACCCCUUUGUCUGGUGCCAGAUGAACCGUGAGCUGAAGAUUAGGGGUGACCAGCCGACCAGUAAUGUCACCACACAGGUCAUUAGGGGAUAGGGCACAACCGUUUUGGUUGUGAGCUGAAGGAAUCGCAAUGUUUGCCACAUAGCCUGCCAGUGAGCUUAAUGUUCUAAUGCCUACAACUCCAUCUGCUUACUUUUAUACACAUGCACACCAACUUUUAGCAGUUAGCGCUUAGCAUCGUAUACAUUUUAUAGGAGCGUUUUGUAACGUCGCGAUUUUUAUUUUAGACUUGCUGUUCAAAGCCUGCGAUUCACUGUUAAAGCCAGAUGUUUUGAGUUGAAUGUUAACACGUUGGAUGUUCUGAUACUGUAUGGUGUAAGGUCAGGUUCUUGUCUGACCUUUGAUUCUCUCUGGCCAAUAAAAUAUUUCUAUUUCAGUUAA